CAGAUGGCAUAUUUUUAGAUCAUGAGGCCCCUCCCUGUUGCAUCUACAAACCGCAGGCAAUCCCUAUUACUGGCGGGAGGCCAAACAGAGGGGAGGGAGGACAAAAAUGUUGGCCGUGUUAGCAUUAGCUCGAGCGAGUCCAGACUCAAAUCCUCGAACGAAUAUCGAAGCUACAAUUCUCUCACCUGCCUCAAAACGCUGAAAUCCUCCCUUCCUCAUCUCCUCUCACUAACGGCGAUGCCAAUGUUGGCGUCGAAGCUCGCCUCUCUAAUAUUCCCCGGUCCAACGGGUCCAACGACUUCUCUUUCAAAUAAUGCAUUAAGGCUUGCUCCUGAGGAGACGUCAAUAAAGUUGACUGGCUAUGAGCACAAUUCUGUUACUUGCAUUGGUAUGCAAACUGACACUCCAGUAAUUUUGGAUGAAGCUAUUGUAAAGCUUGAUCCUGAUUUCUUAUGGUUGGGUGGAGGAGAUGUUGAUUUAAGCUCGGAAUCAGAACCUGUGAAUUUAUCAGCUUUGUUAAACCUUUCAUUGUCAGCUGCAGCGGUACCUGAUUAUGCCAGAUGAAUCCAUAAACUAAAUAACAAAGACAUUUUGAUUCAAGAAAUGCCACUCCCUUGGAAAUCCAUAGUAUACAAUAUAUAAGCUAACAAUUUUGUCCUAUUAUAUUUAUGAGCUUAGUAAAUAUUCUACAAUUUUUAUGAAAUUAGAUAGAUAUUUAUCUACCCUUAUCUGUUUUUGGCUGAUUGUCUAGUUGGGUGACAGGAUGAUUGUUUGGUAGCCUAGCUGAUCUAUCAACAACAAAUGUUGACUUUUUAUCAUCUUAUCCUUCUUGAAUUUUUGUCAGACUUACAGUUUUUUCAUCUUUUAAAUUAAAAUAAACUGAUGAAAUUAUUCUUGAUUUGUUCCAUUGUUUUCAUCCUUCUUAAAGUAAUAAAGAAAGUAGGUAAUUCAUGUGUAUCAUUUUAGAAGUUCGACCGUAUGAGA